AUGGCCAUACCUGCCCAUCGCUCCCUGGCUUUACGGCCUAUUGUCAUGGGCCUGGGCAAACUCCUCGCGCUCUCCUUUUCGCACAUCUCGCUCGUUUCUGCCGCUCCAACCUCCCAGUUCCUUGCUCCCCGUCACGAUGCUCAUGCCGAAACUCAUGCGCUACCAGCUAAUGAUGCCACUCUAUGGCUGUAUCUGGGAGUGGCCGCUGCCCUCGUGCUGACUGGCGGUGCAUUUGCUGGGUUGACAAUUGCUUUGAUGGGUCAGGAUGAAGUAUAUCUACAAGUCAUUCAGACAUCGGGCGAUAGCCCAUCUGAACGUAAAAACGCAGCCAGCGUCCUACGAUUGUUGAAGCGUGGCAAGCACUGGGUGCUGGUGACUCUGUUGCUCAGCAAUGUGAUAACCAACGAAACUCUCCCUAUCAUCCUUGACCGAUCGCUCGGCGGAGGUUGGCCGGCCGUUCUAGGCAGUACAGUGUUAAUUGUCAUCUUCGGUGAAAUCGUCCCUCAAUCAAUUUGCGUCCGUUACGGCCUUCCUAUCGGUGCCUGGAUGGCCCCCUGCGUUUUGGGCCUGAUGUAUCUAAUGGCUCCCGUCGCCUGGCCUGUUGCCAAAUUGCUGGACAGAUUGCUAGGGGAGGAUCAUGGGACGAUCUACAAGAAGGCGGGCCUGAAAACCCUUGUCACGCUUCACAAGACACUCGGCGAGGCGGGCGAACAGCUCAACUCCGACGAAGUCACUAUUAUCAGCGCUGUUCUGGAUCUCAAGGAGAAGUCUGUUGGCGCUAUUAUGACUCCGAUGGAGGAUGUUUUCACGAUGUCGGCUGAUACCGUAUUGGACGAGCCGACCAUGGACCUCAUUCUCUCGCAAGGAUAUUCCCGGAUUCCUAUUCACUCUCCCGAGAACCCUAGGAAUUUUAUCGGUAUGCUCCUAGUUAAGAUGCUCAUUACAUAUGACCCAGAGGAUUGUAAGCCCGUCAGUCAUUUUGCCUUGGCGACCUUGCCGGAAACACGUCCGGAGACAAGUUGCUUAGAUAUUGUCAACUUUUUCCAAGAAGGAAAGUCUCACAUGGUUCUCGUCUCGGAAUUUCCGGGUGAGGAUCGUGGCGCCCUUGGAGUGGUCACCUUGGAAGAUGUAAUCGAAGAACUGAUUGGCGAAGAAAUUAUUGAUGAAUCGGAUGUCUUUGUGGAUGUGCACAAGGCAAUUCGACGUAUGAAUCCUGCACCUUAUUCCCGCGUUCCGAAAGGCCGUUUCGUCGAGGAUCCUCCAGCCCUAUCCAGCCAAGGACCUUUAGUGGACUUGGGCGGUGAUUCCCCAUCCACUACCGAUCAGGCCGUCACCCGUCGUCGAAGCUCUGUAGAGGCCCCUUUAGCACGCUUUCAACUCCGCCGGUCGCAAGGGGACAAGGAGAGACAUUCAAUGGAUGCUCUUGUCACCCGUCUUGGUUCAACAGAUGAGAUUCGUGAACACCUGAAACAUCUUGGCCCAUCCAACUUAGCCAGCCGGCCCCGCCAAACUCGUUAUCAGAAUGUCAAGAUCAAACGUUCAAGUAUAUCGUCUCCGGCACCCUCGGGGCAGACGGAUAUUGAUUCUGUUGAGCAUGCCCGUCACCCGUCGUCCGGUCUCACCACUACCUCUGACGCAACUACGUUGAAGCCAAGUGGACUGAAUCCCAGGGACGGUGCUCAUGCUGUACUCAUCAACAGCACCAAUCAGAAGUCGCCGGAGCCUCUGGUUAAAACCGGGCCGACGCUGUCAAUCCCAGAACCUGUUAAUGAAGAACAAGAUAGUGCGCCACGAUCCGCAAAUAGCCGACGCACCGGUUCUGCAGGCUCGGAUGUAGAUCCAGCGUACAGCAGCAGCUACUUCCAUCGAGGCCCUGCCCGCAGUGGAAGUAUCACCGAACACAUAGUCGAUGUCAACGGCGUUCGAAAGGUGGUCCUCCACACCACAAGCAGCAACAGCUCUUCGGAAGGCGAGGGCCCGUCGUCAGUUCCCAAAACUAAGUUCCCAAUUCGCCAGGGCAGCGAGAUCAUCGACCUGAACGAUACCGACAGCGGUGCCACCGAGCAAACGAAGAAAAAGCGCCGCCAUCGGAGACAUAAAAAGAGCAAAGACUCCACUAAUAGAGACGAGGAAACGCCGCUGCUACCUUGACCAAGGCUUUGCUUUGUUCUGUCCUCUUAAUAUUUUCUUCUUCUGCCGGUCGGAAACUACAUUCUUGUCCCAGCAUCCCAUGUGUCACUAUUAUUCCUAUAUGCAUGCGAAGGGCGCUCUUUCAGCUAGUCUGCCAUGGUCAUGUGCGCAUCGGUUGUACACCUUUGUUUCGCCAUACGUUAUUAUUAGCAUAUA